AUGAAUAUUACUUGCAUAUUCAUGUUCAUGUUCAUGUUCUUGUCUUCAAUGCACCAAUAUUUUGGUGCUUUAGAUACAAUAACUACGACACAUUUUCUCAAAGAUGGCGACGACGAUUUUAUUGUUUCACGUGGUGGAACGUUCGAAAUGGGAUUUUUCAGUCCAGGUAAAUCCAAAAAUCGCUACGUGGGUAUGUGGUACAAGAACAUAUCUGUUAGGACCGUGGUGUGGGUUGCCAAUAGAGAAGCUCCUUUGAGGAGUAGAAAUGGUAUGUUGAAGGUCAUUGAGCCAGGAAUUCUUGUCCUUCUCAAUGACACUAAUAAUGUUGUAUGGUCAACUAAUACAUCGAGAUCUGUGCAGAAUCCGGUUGCACAGUUGUUGGAUUCCGGGAAUCUUGUUGUGAAACAAUCUGGUCAUGGUGUUAGUGAUGGAAAUUUCCUGUGGCAGAGUUUUGAUCACCCAACUAAUACACUAUUACCAGGCAUGAAGCUCGGUUGGAACUUUGUAACAGAACGAGAGGUGUAUUUAUCGUCUUGGAAGAAUGAAGAUGAUCCAACUCCUGGUGAUUAUUCAUAUCAGAACAUCCUGAAGAAGGGAUCAAAUGUGAUAUAUCGCUCUGGAGUGUGGAACGGUCUUCGUUUUGGUGGGGCAAGAAACUCAAGAGACAGUACUUUCUAUAGAUAUGGAAUAUUCUCAAGUAAGACAGAGGUGUACUUUGGAUAUAACCUCACAUCUUCAGUUAUCGCGACAUUCAUACUAAACCAAAAUGGUGUAGCACAACUUUUGACUUGGGGUGAUGGAGAACAGGGUUGGGUUCCUUACCUCAUAAUACCUGGAGAUAACUGUGAUACGUAUAAGUUAUGUGGCUCAUAUGGUAGCUGCAACAACAAUGAUUUUCCAGUACUUUGUGGAUGUUUGGACAAAUUUGUGCCAAACAAUAGCAAAGAUUGGAACAAGGCAGACUGGUCAGGUGGUUGUGUUCGGAGAACUGAACUAAAUUGCCUUCAAGGAGACGUAUUUUUGAAGUAUUCGCAAAUUAAACUUCCAGAUACACGGAAUUGCUGGUCCAAUGUGACUAUGACACUAGAAGAAUGCAAGAACAUCUGCUCUAAAAAUUGCUCUUGUAUGGCUUACUCAAAUGCUGACAUACACGAUGGAGGAAGUGGAUGCUUAUUGUGGUUCAAGGAUCUGCUUGACAUUCGGCAGGUACCCAAAGGAGGACUUGAUAUCUACGUAAAAGUAGCUGCUUCUGAAUCAGGUUUGCUUUCAGAACAAAGUGGCAACUAUAAGAUGGAUUUUAACCGUGGCAAUUGCGCUGAAGAAUUUGAAAUACCAUUGUUUGAUUUAUCAACCAUAACAAAGGCAACCAAUAACUUUUCAAUAGACAGAAAGAUUGGAGAAGGGGGCUUUGGACCUGUUUACAAGGGCAUACUUGAAGGACAGGAAAUAGCUGUCAAGCGGUUGUCUAGAACUUCCACACAAGGAGAAAAUGAGUUCAAGAAUGAAGUUAUAUAUAUUGCUAAACUUCAGCAUAGGAAUCUGGUGAAGAUUCUUGGCUGCUGCAUUGAAGAUGAAGAAAAAAUAUUGAUCUAUGAGUACUUGCAUAACGGGAGUCUUGAUUCAUUCAUAUUUGAUGACACACAAAGCAAGGUACUAGACUGGCCUAAGCGAUUUCACAUUAUCAACAGUAUAGCUCGGGGAGUUAUGUAUCUGCAUCAAGAUUCACAAUUGAGAAUAAUUCACAGAGACCUGAAAGCUAACAACAUUCUGCUAGACAAGGACAUGAACCCAAAGAUAUCAGACUUCGGCUUGGCAAAAAUAUGUGAAGAGGAUGACAUUGGAGCCCAGACAAACCGAGUUAUUGGAACAUACGGGUACCUCUCACCAGAAUAUGCAUUGCAUGGGCUAUACUCAGUAAAAUCGGAUGUAUUUAGUUUUGGUAUCUUAGUACUUGAAAUUGUGAGUGGGAAAAGCAAUAGACGAUUCUCUCAUCCAGAUCAUUACCUUAACCUACUCGGACAUGCAUGGAAAAUCUAUAAAGAAGGUAGGUCGAUGGAACUACUUGAUGAACGCCUAAGUGAUUCUUGUUCAAGGUCUGAGGUGGUACGAUCAAUCUGUGUUGGUCUAUUAUGUGUCCAACAAUGUCCUGAAGAUCGUCCAAGUAUGUCGUCUGUUGUUGUCAUGCUAAACAAUGAAGGUGUAUUGCCACAGGCUAAACAACCAGGUUUUUACAUAGAAAGAAAUUCGAAUGAAGAGGAAUUCUCUUCAAACCAAAAUGCAAAUGUUACAGUGAGUGACACCCCAAUCACAAUAUUAGAUCCCAGAAUUUCCAUGAAACGCUUUAUCUUUUUCUAUUUCUGUUCCUCUAAUAUAGUGUCAUUUCUAUUCAUAUUUUCCACUGCUUUAGACACUAUAUCGAACGAUAGCCCCAUCAAAGAUGGACAUACCAUAGUUUCAGCUGGUGGAAACUUUGAGCUUGGAUUUUUCAGCCCUGGAAAUUCCAAGAAUCGGUAUAUCGGUAUAUGGUACAACAAUUUACCUAAAGGCAGAGAAGUAGUGUGGGUUGCCAAUAGAGUGAACCCACUGAAUGACACUUCUGGCAUAUUAACAGUCAGUAGCAAAGGGAUUGUACUACUCAAUGGAAACCAAGAUGUGAUUUGGUCAUCAAAUUCAUCGAAACGUUUGAUGAAUCCAGUGGCUCAGCUUUUGGACACUGGAAAUCUUGUCUUAAAAGAUGACAGUUUGGUAAAUCUAAAAGACUAUGCUUGGCAGAGUUUUGAUUAUCCAGACAGUACUUUGUUACCUGGCAUGAAAUUAGGCCUUAACUUGGUCACGGGCAAGUAUUGGACCAUGUCGUCGUGGAAGAGCAGUGAUGAUCCUUCUCCAGGAGAAUAUUUGGAUCGCCUCGACACCAGUGGUUAUCCUCAAUUCUUUGUGUGGGAAGGUCCUGCAAUACAGUUUAGCUCAGGAAUAUGGAAUGGACAUUUAUUUGUUGGAGGACCAAAUUUGAAACCAAAUCCUUAUUAUACAUUUGAGUUUGUGAACAAUGACAAGGAGAUCUACUAUAAAUAUGAGCUUAUCAAUACUUCUCUUCCUACCAGGUUGGUCUUGAAUCCAGCAGGCCUGCUUCAACGACUCUUGUGGAUCGAACGGAACCAGAACUGGUUUCUUUACUCCACUGGACAGAUGGAUAAUUGUGAUCGUUAUGCCUUGUGUGGUCAAUUUGCGCGGUGCAACAUCAAUGACUCACCUCCAUGUGAUUGUUUGAGAGGAUUUCAGCCUAAAAAUCAACAAGAAUGGGAUGCAGCAGAUUGGUCUAGUGGGUGUGUACGAAGAACUCCGUUGACAUGUGGGACAAAUGACAGGUUUCUGAAGUAUUCUAGUGUGAAAUUGCCAGAUACACGCCAUUCCUGGUUCGACAAAAGCAUUGGCCUCGAGGAAUGCCAAAGACUCUGUCUGAAAAACUGUUCGUGUACAGCAUAUUCCAAUCUUGAUGUUAAAAAUGGCGGGAGUGGAUGCUUACUGUGGUUUAAUGAACUCGUUGAUAUCAGGGAAUAUGCUGAACUUGAUCAAGAUCUCUAUGUAAGGAUGGCUGCAUCAGAAUUAGGUUCAGACUAUAUGGGAAACACAAGAAUGUCAGUCAUUGCAAUUAUAUUAACAGUUUCAGCAAUCAUCCUUGUUGGUUUUCUAUUUUGGUUUGCUAUGCAGAGAAAGAAAGGGGAAAGAGGAGUAGGAGAAGGAGAAGGAAAGGAAGAUAUGGAAUUACCUUUGUUUGAUGUGAUGACUGUUUCUGCUGCAACUAAUAAUUUCUCAUCUGAUAAUAUCAUCGGAGAGGGUGGUUUUGGAUCUGUUUAUCGGGGAAAACUAUCAACAGGACCAGAAAUAGCAGUAAAGAAGCUCUCCAAACAUUCCGGACAAGGUUUUGAAGAGUUGAAGAAUGAAGUUGUUCUGAUUUCCAAACUUCAGCAUAGAAAUCUAGUUAGGCUUCUAGGCUGUUGUCUUGAAGGGGAAGAAAGGAUGCUAAUUUAUGAAUAUAUGCCAAACAAUAGCUUGGACUUCUUCAUCUUUGAUGAAUGCAGGAAGAAACAACUUCCCUGGGAAAAUCGUUUUCGUAUUGCAAUGGGAAUAUCAAGGGGAAUUCUUUAUCUUCACCAGGACUCCAGAUUAAGGAUCAUACACAGAGAUCUAAAGACCAGCAACAUUUUACUGGACAGUGAAUUGAAUCCCAAAAUUUCUGACUUUGGACUGGCUAGGAUUAUUGGUGGUGACCAAAACGAAGCAAGAACAAAGCGAGUAAUAGGGACAUAUGGCUAUAUGUCUCCAGAAUACGCAGUUGAUGGGAAAUUUUCAGUGAAAUCAGAUGUCUUCAGUCUUGGUGUUCUUCUACUAGAAAUAGUCAGCGGAAGAAAGAACAGAACAUUUCAUCAUCCAGAUCACCAUCAUAGUCUUAUAGGACAUGCUUGGUUAUUAUGGAAUAAAGGGAAGGCUUUGGAACUAAUCGAUGAUUGUUUAAAAGAAUCGUUUGUGGAAUCCCAAGUCCUAAGAUGUGUUCAUGUGGCACUGUUAUGUGUUCAACGACUAACAGAUGAAAGACCAACAAUGUCAUCAGUGGUUUUCAUGUUAAGCCAUGAAGAAGUGGCAUUACCUCAACCAAAGGAGCCUGGUUUCUUCAUAGAGAGAAGUACAGCUGAAACAGAUGAUUCAAAUGAGAAAAGAUGUAUCAGUGACAAUGUUUUGACAUUAACAAUUCUUCAACCAAGAUAGCAAUGGUGGAACCAGAAAUUCAAGAACCUUCUAUUGUAUAAAGGUGAUUCAACAACUAAUGUAUAUACAAUACAGAAAUUCUGUUCAUCCCUAUAUGUACAGCAAAAUAUUUUGACGAAGGGGCUUCAAUUGAACCCCCUCUAGACCAUGCAGCUCCGCCCCUGAUUGUUAUUGGACGAGCAUUUACUAACAUGCUUACACGGAACAAUUGUGUAUAUCUUUCCGAUAUUUGAUUAAGACUCAAGAGCCAUCGGGACCAUUGUGUCAAGUUGUGCAAAUUGUCAGAACAUGAUGGAAAUGGACAUAUAAGUUGUUACACAGUAUAAUGACUAAUAGUAGAUCUGAAUGGCUAAAUGAUAGCCACUGACUUUGUUGAGCAAUUAUUUUUCCUCAGGACUACAAAUCAACAUCAUGUCCUGGGGGAGUGUUUCUUUGCAAUCACAUUCAUCAUAUCUUUUUCCA